GCUGGUUAUCAUCAGGUGAUUGAUAAUCAACAUUGCCGAUAACUACUAGUUAACUGAACCCCGGCUGCAGAUCCUCGCCACUAUCAGUGCUUAUUUCCUGCGCCUGACAUAUGCCCUAUUUUGCGUCGUAGGUCUGGGAAUAUCUUUGUCGAACUUUAUUUACUAAACCGAUUGGUUGUUCAUAUCCACAGGACUGUAUUUACUGAUACACGAUACUCCCCAGGCCGCAGAAGGCUAGCACUCGCGAUACAUCGGCCAAGUGUUCUGUUCUGUCGCCCUUAGAUACCGCUUUGAGAGUCAUGAAUCGAAGCUCUUCGAUCCGGGGCCCGUUACCUUCUGGUUCCCAUACUAUACAAGCGUCCCCUCGUCGUCGACGGCCCUCCGACCAUGUUGAGCCUUUAGAAACCCGAGGUGAGGGACGAAAACGUCGCCGUUUGAGUAGCUCUAAUGUAGCAACGAGGAGUGCUCAAUCUGAGCUGGAUCAACACGAAGAUGAUAUCGAGUCCAUUGAUUUAACUGAGGUGGAGGCUCCCUCAACGUUAGCGAAGGUGCUAGCGAAGCAACGGGAGGACGCUGUUAGGGCCCAACAAUCCGUUGAGCCGGAGAAGGGGCAAUCGAUAUUAAACUCAUAUAAGUGCCCUGUAUGUAUGGAUACACCGGAGGAUGCCACUAGCACAGUAUGCGGGCACCUCUUUUGUCACAAAUGCAUCAUCGACACAUUGAAAUUCAGCGAAGAACAAAGAGCAGAUACCUCUUCAAAAGGCCCUCGAGGAACCUGCCCCGUGUGCAGAAAACCCCUUGCGCGGAACGACGCACCAGGCUCCAAAAGGAAUCUCGUACCUUUGCAGCUCAAACUUGUCACGAAGAAGAGGAAUACAACCGUGCCGAGUAGUGGGUAGUUUCCGCACGCUAGCUCUGUGCCAGGUGGUUGAUGCCGAAGAACAUCGCCCUGGCAUUGAUGCGCGAAUUGUCGAACACACAUUCUACACAUGGCUGUUGAGCGCGGUGUAUUAUCCCAGUGAUUAGGAGUCUUUUCUGGUUUCCCAAGGCCUCUUGACUGACCACAUUCAUGGCUACAGCGAGGUUUCUUCUCCAUUCAUAGCAGCCCCGCAAAUCGGGACGAUGCCAUAUGGCACCUUAUUGGAAACUUCUUCGUAUACUAAGCUCAGCUGUUAGUGAUUGACCACGAUGAUGACAUUCGCAUUCGGAGAGCAUAAUUUCUUAUAGCUCCCAAAUGAGAAGAAGUGACACUAGGCUAGGACAUAGUUGGUAGUUCGUCUACCUUGCGCGACGCAUUUAAUGAUCAGACGAAGAUUGCCCUGUCAAGUAUAUUGCAUGAGGCAUUGAUGAAUUAUGAGGGCAUGGAGCGGUCUAUUUU